AUGAGAAAGACAGCACUGAAGAAGGUAAACCCGCUGGAGGCAGCGGAGGCGGCUGGGAAGGACCCGAAGCACUGCUCACGCGGGGCGCGGAGGCGAGACUCCCGCCGCCUGGCCAGCAGCCAGCUCCGGGGCGGCCGCGGUUCCCGCCCCUUCACCUCUCCGUCUCCAGCGCCCGGAGGGCCCGAUCGCCCCAGGGCCAGCGCCCCGCGGGGCCCUCUGCUUCCGGCGCUGCGGGUGGCUCAGGCCAACUUGCCGGACCGCCCGUGGCGCUGUGGCCCCUGCAGCCAGCACAACCUAGGCGCCGCCGGGGGAGGGGGUUGCGCGCACCUUCAAAACAAUCGCGGCCCGGAGAGCACUUUGGUUCUGGCUCCCGGCGCGGCUUUCCCCAUCGCGGUGGUGCGCACCGAAUUGCAAGACGACAAACUUGUGAAUACUGCUGUAAAAUCCCACCUACACAAAAAUGAUUUCGGAAAAAGAUCUCUGCCUCGGGCACUGACACGUGACUCGGAGCCAGGCGGACUUGCAGGCGGCCGGGGUACCGCGGCUGCUGGGCGACCUCGGAGCCUUCGAAGCCCUCUGAGCCGCUCCGGCGGGCACGGCGGUGGGAGCCCGGCGAGGCGGCCUCCUCGGCGAGCCGGGACUAGCAGGUGCCGCUCACGCUGGGCUGAGCGCACGCACACGCACACGCAGACGGGCAGGGCGCGGGCUAGCGGGGACCGCGCGGGGCGGGCCGGAGGCGCGCAGCUGCCGCCGCCGCUGCCGCCGCUGCUACUGCUGGUACCGCCGCUGGUGCUGAUGCUGCGGGCGCCCCGCCAGAAAGGGCAGCCUAGGGAUGUUCAGCAGAGGCCUCGCAGGGUACACAACUUGCUGUCCACUGCAAAGUUGCCGCUUGCCACUUCCUUAUUUUCCGGCUUUCAUCUCCAGUUUCAGUUAAAAGCAACAGAGAUAAUGCAUGAAGGACUUUGCUGCAAUUCCUCUAACAGUGUUGGGGCCCACCUUCUCCACUUCCCAAAGAUAUGUGCAUCUCAAGAAGUCAUACAUGUCAUAUAUGAGUCUUUUCUGAUGUAUGGACUAUGACUCUUACUGUGUCAGCACCAACAUUACCUCUUCCAGAGAAGAAAAAGUUUGAUAUGUAUGAUAACAAAAUGGACAGUGACUGUGUUUGACUAUCAUUUGAGGAAGUCAGAAAUCAAGAACUAUAAUAAUAUCACUUGAUAUUUAUCUGCUCAAUUAAGAGAUGAUGACCUGAAUAUUGCAGGGAACUCAAGGAAAGAAAUGCAAAAAUAUUCAAGAAAAAAAGCAUUAAGCAUUUUUUUCCAGUCAAAUGAAAAGGGAAUGAGUAUGUAGGAAAUGAAGUGGAUAUUUAAAUGUUUUCAAAUUAAUUUUCUAUUUUCUGUAUCAACUUUCCAUUGUAGGUGAUAAUGCAAACAUCACAAAUAAGAAUAAUGUAGCACAUUAUGUUGUUUACAAAGAUGGAUGUUAUUAUAAAAUUUGUAUUGAUCAAUUUUAGAAAAAUAGUUAUUGUUCUAUAAAUUUAAAAUUGUGAGAUACAAGCAAGAUUUUGUUGUCUUUUUUUUUUAAUGCUCACUGCUAAGUGCAUUGUUCAUGCUGGAUUCCUAAAGAGAAAUGUAAUUCAUAGUAAACCACAUUGAUAUUCAUGUAUUCCUUUCUUUUCUAGUUCCUAUCUCCUUAUCUCAACAGAAAGGCAGCACAUUCUCCAAGUUUAUAAGGAUACUGAUAGUCAGUUUAAAUGCAAUCUUCAGCAAACAAUAUAAAAUCAAGGCAAAAUGAGCAGGUUUCUCAAAUCACUUCUCUAAAGGGAAAUUCAAAAACAGAAUAUGCGUGUUAUGCAAAUUGUACCUGAGAUAUUUGCAAACAGUACUAAUAUUCAUAUGUUAAGAAACUGUGGUAGUUGUAAUAUAAAAUUGGUGAUUCUGAUUAACAUAAUUAGAAUAUAAAUGAUCACAUAAUUCUCUUGAACAAGUAAAUCUGCUCCUUUUAAAUAUGAUGCUCAUUCAUCAAGAGAAAACUACAUCCUGUCAAAAUAAAUGAAUCGGCAACAUAUUUAGGUAAAAUAUGACUGUAAAACUGGAAUUACAAACUUUGUCACCUUAUGAAACAAUAAUAAAAGUCAUUUCUAAAAAUCUCUUCUUUCCCUCAAAUAAAAUUUUCAGAGCAAUCAUUAAACUAUCAUUGUGGUUGAUAUGUCAUCCAAAUAUUCCAUAUUAUGAUGUCCAUGUAGUAAUUCAAACAAAGUAUCUACAUUUAUUUUACAACAUGUUAGUUUUUAUAAUUCAUUAUAUUUUCCAUAUAACUUGUAUUAUGGUUCUGAAAAUUAGUCACAUAAGAAUGUAGGCAAAUUAUAAAUUAUAGUGGCACUGUUUUAAAUUAUUGUAUGGUCAAAUUGGAGUAAACCACUCAUCACAAAAUGUCAAUGAUAAAUAAGAAUUUUUGUGCUUUUCCCUAAAAUUGUAACUAUAAUUUGUUUGAGGUUAUCAAUAAUACACCAGGGCCAAAUUAUUUUGUAUGUACAAACACAUACAUGCAAAAUGGAUAGAAAUUAAUAAAUGGGACCUCAUGAAAGUGACAAGUUUCUGUAUGGCAAAAACACCAUCAUUUGGACAAAGCAAUAGCUUACAGAAUGGGAAAAGAUUUUACCAACUAUGUAUCCAAGGAAGGAUGAAUAUCCAAAAUACAUAAGGCAUUAAAACUACCAUACAUCAAGGAAGCAAAAAACCCAAUUGAAAGUAAUGUACAUAUCUAAACAAAGAAUUCACAGAAGAAGAAAUUCAACUGGCAGAAAAAUACUUAAAAAAAAAUGUUCAGCAUCCUUAAGUCAUCAGAUAAAUGCAAAUUAAAACUACUUUUAGAUUUUACCUUAUGCCUGUAAGAAUGGCUAAGAUCAGAAACACAACUGACAGCUUGUGCUAAAGAGAAUGUGGAGUAAGGGAAUACUCAUUCAUCGCUGGUGUGACUGCAAACUCAUACAGUCACUAUGGAAAUAAGUGCGGCAGUUCCUUAAGGUGGGAAGCAAUUUACCUAAAAAUCCAGCUAUAUCACCUCUGGAGCAUAUAUUCAAAGGACCCUUAAUCCUACAGAGAUUCUUGAUCAGUCAUGUUUAUUGCUGCUCUAUUCAUAAUACCCACAUAUUGGGAACAUUCAUGAUAUCACUUCACAGAUGAAUGGAAAUCCAAAAUGUGGUUUAUGGAAUUCCUGAGAGAGGAAAUGAGUAGGUUUCUGCAUCUUUAUCUGUUUCUGUUGCCUUUUCUUGGCCCUUCUGCUUAUUCAUCCUAUUUUAAUGCAUUUAUUUUUCUUUAAUAUUAUUUUAUAUCAUUUUAUGUUCUUAUUAGCCCUUAGACACCAGUUAAUGAGAGGCAAAAAUGGGUGUGCCUGAAUAAGAGGGAAGGUGGAGAGGAACUGGGAGGAGUAGAGGAAGGGGAAACCAUAAUCAGGCUAUAUUAUAUUAAAAACAAAUCUAUUUUCAAUAAAAUAAUAUUUAAAAAAAUAAAAUGUGCUGAAGAAAUCCUAUGUAUCCUCUGUACUCUGGGUAACAACUUGACAGAAGACUAUGUCAUAUUCAUUCCCCUUAUAUACAUAUGAAAACUCUCUAAUGGGAAUUAAAAAGCAAGAUGGUGGAUGUUAUCCACAGGAACGUGGUAGAGGAGAACAUAACACCCUCCUGUUGAGUUAUGAGUCUAUAGUAUACAGAGAAAAUUCCUGCCUGAGUAGAAGAAGCCGAUUAAAACAAGAUGACCAUGAGUUUUACUUAUAUGCUUAAAUAAUCAAAUGUUGGGAUGGAUUCCUUUAGUUUUGAAAGAAAAUCUUGAUUAAGAUUAUCUUUCUCAUUGUUUUUAAUAUUUUGGUAAAUAUUCACUGUUCAUGGUUAUGGGUUUCAUAAAAUUGUUCUCAUUAAGUGUAUCCUGUACUUUGGCCAAACUCACUCCAUC